UCACGAUGGUCACUCCGAUGAUUGUAACGCAAUCUAACCUUGAUAUUCUGACGUUUAGAAAUUUGACUGCGGUGUUACCAUAAAAAUGUAAUGCGCUGUAAAUAAUUGAUCCUCUUCGUUCUCCUCGCAUAAGAAAAAAUAAAUACGUUCCGACGGAAUGCGCAAUGUGACAUUUGGUCUAGAUUACUUUUGCAAUCAUUUAUUUUUAGCACAAGUAUUUCUUAACAGGCGAAGCUUUCUUCUCGUCAAUUGUAUUAUUUUACAAGUACAUAAACACAGGUAGUAUUAAAAUUACCAAUAGUCAUACAUAUAUAAUGAUUGCAGAAAUAGGCACGGAAGGCUUUCAGCCAAUGACAAGUUUUAGUGAGAAAAGUCUAUUUAAAUUACAAUGUUUGAUCAAAGCAACAGAGAUACAACACAGUACACAGUGUGAAUAUGGAAAGAGAUUGUUCCUAGCGCUUGUGACAGGAAAUGCUGAAAUUUUUUUAUAUUAUAAGAAAGACUCAGUAUCUACUGCAGUGAUUAAAAGAAUACCUUGGUUCCAAGGGUCUCACAAGCAAAUCUCAGCCUUAUGUUUUAACUUUAUGGGAUCAUGGUUGCUCUGCACAAGUGUUGAUGGAUCUGUAUAUAUAAUCCCUGCUCUGUACUUUGUAGAUGAAAAUUGUGAAAAGGAUAGAAGAUGGACUAGUGAUGAUAUAACUUCAUUUCCUCCUAUUAGUUCGCAAUCAUCUCAUUCAAAGCCUACUGCAAUUGUAUGGUGGCAAAGUACGAUAAUACCUGCUGAGAUUGGUAUUAUUGGGACUGAGUAUGGAGAGAUUAUAUUUAUAAAUCUUGAAACUGGCCACCAAACGAAUGUUACACAAAUCAAGGGCAAUAUCGCCAGUCUGCAUAUUUGUCGUGAUCAAAGUAAUGACAUUGUGUCUCUUCUGAUAACAAAUCAAUCUAGAAGACAGUGGAGAUUACUUUUGGAACAGCGUACAUACAGUUGUUUGCAGCACUUAGAGAAUGGAGAAUCAUACAAUGCGUUGCAUACAAAUGACAUGUAUGAUAAUACUAGAAUAUUUGCUUCUACUAGAUCCAGAUUGCAAGGACUUAAGCAAUUGUCUGUGGACAAACUUGCAAUUCUUAGACAAAAAUUAAUAGAAACGAAAAGUCAGACAUUAGGAGAAAAUUUACAAUAUCAUGACAUUACAAGUAAUCGAAAUAUUCAAAAUACAAGUAUUAAUUCUGAUUCUUCUACAGAAGUAAAUCAGAAUCAAAUAACACCAGAAGCAAUGUCAAAAGAGGUAUUUCUGAUGUCUCAGUUAGAUAGGGAUGGACAACAAUUGUAUACAUGUUAUCAUUCUAUUACAAAUCAAAUAUUGGUAUAUGGACCUAAUUUUACUACUGUACCUUUAUCAGCACAUAAAGUAUUUGAAUCAUGUAAAAAUGUUUUAUUAACGCAACGAUUUUUUUUCAUUACUGACGUCAGUCAACGUGUGAUGUACGUAAUAUCGGACAGAUUAUCCGAAACUCGUAAGAAUGAUAAUGGUAAAUUCAAUCCAGAGUGCAUUGUUGGUCACUUUUCUUUAGUGAAUAGCAAAGAAGUUAUACGCGCUGUAUACAGAACCAUUGAUUGUACGAAUAGUGCACCAACAACACAUUCUGAAGAAAUUAGAAACAAAUACACGUUACCAAAGGCAGUAAAAGAUAUUAAAAUUGAAUUACCUCAUGUGGAUACUUGUAUAAUUGUAACAAAUCAUUCUGUAUAUAAAAUUGUUUUAAGAAAAUCAAUAUUAUCAAUUUUUAUGGAAUUAGUUUUAAAAAAUAAUGAUCUUGAGAAAGCGACAAAAUUGGCUAUAGUAUUCGGCAUUAAUGCACAACAAUUAUUAGAGCAAGCUGGUGAUAUACUUUUGACUAACAAAGAAUUUCCACGUGCUGUGACUUGCUAUAAAUUGUCAAAAUGUAGAAUAAUGAAGAGUAUGUUAAAAUUUGCGUCUGUUGGUUAUACAGCUGAUUUAUUACGUUGUCUCACACAUUGUUUAGCAUCUCCUGCUAUUAGUGAACUGCCUGUAGCACCAAGGAUACAUCUUUCUAACUUAUGUGUUCUCGCUUUUAUCGAACGGACACUUAGAAUUUCAUCUCAAAAAUCCAAGGCUAUAUAUAAAGAAUUUUUGUAUUUCUUAUCUACAAAUUCUUUUUACGAUGAAUUGUUAGCAGUUAAUAUCGCUGGACAGACGUGUCUUUGGGAAGUGUUGCACCAUUUAGCAACACAGAAGGGUCUUUAUGGACAAAUGCUAGAUAUUCUUAUGAGGACAAUACAUACUUUCAGCUUAAGCAAUUUUCAACCAACACCAUAUGGUUUGUUGAUAUGUAUCAGUGAACCAAGUCUAAUGCAAGCAAUGUUAGUGUAUCCUGAGUUAGCUAGAAGUCAUAUGUCAUUUAUUCUUGAUAAUCUUCAAGACUCCCAAAUUUUUGUACUUCAAAGAUUAGUAACAUUAUACGAUCCAACGAAUCCAGUGAUAAGACCUAGAGUAGUGCGAUGCCGGUUACGCAAUAGAACAACUUCGCAUAGUUCUCAAUCUAGUCAAUGUGAUUCUAUAGAUCUCAUGGAAAAUGAUGAGGCUGAUACACUGAUAGAAGAAAUCAUAGAAACUUUUUUACUAAUUUUACUGACUUUGAUUUAUAAAAGAUCUAUUUUACAUCAAGAAUCUAUUACAUGUAACAUUGAAUUAUUAGAGCUUAAAAAGAAUCAUAAGUACACCAAUUUUGAUGCUGAUUUUAAAAGAAGGCCGUUAUGCGCUGGAUUCUCUCAUGUUGCUCUUAUUAGGAAUGGAAAUGUUUAUACAUGGGGAAGUUCUGUGCAAGGCUGUUUAGGAACUGGUCCAUCCGUGUUGAGGUAUGGUUCACCUCAAGCUAUAACUUUUUUUUUGAUCAUGGAGGUUGAAGUUCUCAGCGUAUCUUGUGGUCACUGUCAUACUUUGGCGGUAACUAAUAAUGGCGUUUAUGCAUGGGGAUCAAGUCAAUUCGGUCAAUUGGGUCUAGGGAAAAUUCUACAGUGUCCAACUCCUGAAUUAAUUACUUCUUUAGCUCAAGAAGUCAUUAUUGAUGCAGUAGCUGGACAGUAUCAUUCAGUAGCAUUGACUACGGACGGCAGAGUUUUUACAUGGGGCUGGGGUGUUCAUGGUCAAUUGGGUCAUGGUAAUACGGACAAAAAAAUGACUCCUACCUUAGUUACGUCUCUACUUGGUACAGUUAUACGUUACAUUAGUGCUGGCCAUGCACAUACAUUAGCUCUUUCAACAGAGGGUGUUGUGUAUGCGUUUGGUUGUAAUAUUUUUGGGCAAUUAGGUGUGGGCAGUAAUGUUAAGAGUUCGGUGCCAAUGAAAGUUUCAUUAUCAGAAAGAAUAUCUCUUAUUGCCACUGGAUAUUUCCAUAAUCUUGCCGUUAGUUAUACAAAUAAAUUGUACAUAUGGGGAGCUAGUCCUCAAGUUCUUCGAUUGCAAGCACAAAGUCAAAAGCGAACUCGAAUAUUGGAACAACGAGACUUGAAACAGUUUGAUAAUAUUGAUGAGUUUGAAAAAGUCACGGAUUCCACAAACAUAAAUAAUGACAUUAACGAAGAAGUCUUAGAAAGUAAUGCACAAAAUAAGAAUGCACAAGCAAGAGCGUGCGGUAUCAGUACAGAAUCGCGAAAAAAAUUGGAUAAUAUGUGUUUAAAAAAUGUAAAUGUUGGGUCAUUGGAAGAAGCUCAAACGCAUUUGAAACCAACCAUCAUAGAUACGAGUUUAGUCAAAGGGGAUAUCAUACAGAUAUCAACUGGUUGCCACCAUAAUGCACUCAUAACGAAGGAUGGAUCGCUUUAUACGUGGGGUAGGAACUUGGAUGGUCAGAUAGGCAAUGGUAGCAGACGAGAAGUGCUGAUUCCUACGCCAUUGUGUUAUAAUCCUGCUUCAAUCUUUGCACAAGUACCUCCAAGGCAUAAUGCUUACAAACGAGUCGAAGAGGAACAAGAAUUAAGUGGUGAUGUAAAGAAUUCUUCGGUGAGCGAGAGAAAUGGAAAUGUUCAUGAUGAAAGUAGAUUAAUCCAGUCAGAAAGCGAAUUGAAGGAAAAAAUAAAUCCUAUAAUAAAAACUGUUGGAGUUUGCUGCGGAUAUGAUUAUACGAUUGCGAUUCAACCAGGUGGUACAAUUUUAGCUUGGGGUAAUAAUAGUAGAGCACAAUUAGGCCGGCUUCCUACAAAAGAUACACGUGACACCGACGAUAAGCUUGUGUUGAUUAAAAAGCGAAUUGUACGGCUCCCUCACGCAUCGCAUGUAGCUUUGGACAUGCCUAGUCAAGUUCCUAAUAUUCCCGCUCCUAUUAUUUCUUAUCAAAGUUACGAUGUACUCUCUUUAGCGGGUGUUGUUCGUCCUUUAAGCCUUAUCGAAAAAUCACCAGGAGAAUUGACGUUAAAUCAUGCAUUAGAAUAUUUCUGUGGUUUAUAUGAUUCAUCGAGAAUUAUUGAAAAGUGUAUUGAGUUGGGAAACUAUCAAGCUUGCUCAAAAAUAGCUAUGUUGCAACAUAAUAUUUCUGAUGCGUUUUUGUAUCAGUUAAAGAUUUUACAUGUACUGAGUCUUCAAUCUUGCUCAAAAGUGAAGUCUGAAAAUUGCGAAAAGACAGAUGGGAAGUCUAUGGAUGAAUCUCAUUUAAAGAAGUCUUCAUCAACACGUCAUGUCAGAAAAAACACUGAACUUUUUAAUAAACAGGUAGAGGAGAAUCUGAUCGAUUCUGUCAACGAUUGCGCCGUCAAAAACAAAAUGAAAAUUCCUGCGAGCAAAUCGCUGAAUAGUUUACAUACACUUCAACAAGAAUUGUACACGUUCGAUUGUCAAGGUGGCUUAGAAGAAAUGUGUAAAGAUGUUAAAUCAGAAAACGCACCAAUGGGAAUAUUUGAGGCCAGUUUUGAUUCUGACAGUAGUUCUGAUUCAGAAGAAUGGAUGGAAAAUCUUAUUUUCAAAGAAAACCAAUUACGAAAGCAAGAGAAAGUAGAAAUAUCCACUAAAGAUAGUUCAGGAGCUUCUACUCCCAUGAAGAAUGUUGUAGAUCAGUUAUUUAAAGGCAACGGAGCAUUUCCUGAAAAGAAAAUUACGCGAUCUCGGAAUAAUAUAACUAAUGAAGCUAUAAAAGUAAUCAAGUUUUUCUUGAAUGAAAUGGAAAACGAAGUGGAUACUAUCAAGUCUAAAAUAUUACAAGAUGCGCUUGAAUUCUGGAUUGAACACGAUUUACCAAUGCAAAGUAUAGAAAAUAUAUUUUUGGAGCACAUCCAAUCGAUUUUUUAUCCCCUUGGAUUAUUAUUAUUCUGUCAAGAAAUCAUGGAUAAAUAUUUAGACAUAAAUAAAAAUAAUACCGAAACCAGAAACUUCAUUGCAAUUAACUAUUUUUCUAUUAAGUUUUGUCUUCAAGUGUGUUCGAUGUUAUUACAUCAUAUUGAUCAAGGCCAACCUACUCUUGAAUUCAUUAAGCUGUUAUCUUCUUUAACAGCUGAUCAAUUUGGACCACCGUUGACUGGAUAUCCAGGUUCAAGUGGAAAUAAUACUUCAAAAGAAAUGAUGGAAGGAGUUAUAAGCACUGUGUCUUCUAAUAUUCAUGACUCCAAAGCGUUUGUACAUAUUAAGGAUCCGGAUGCAGUAUACCGAUUUCUCGAAACUGAAGAAGACACAAUGAUAUUCACAUGUGGACAUCAUUUUCCAUUAGCCUCAUAUAAAACUGAAGUAAUCCCAAUGAUGGAAACCGAGUUACUAACAUCUGAAUCAUUAGUUCUUCCAUGUACAGCUCAAUACUUAGGAAAAAUGUUAUCUGAGACUACUAAGCCGGAAAUAUUGUGCCCUUUGUGUAUACCAAGAGCUCUGGAAACGUUGGUGAAGAAGCACGAUGGGUGAGAAGUAUGUACCUGAGAUUUUAUUUUAACAAAAAAGAACAAAAAGAUAGAAAAAAAGUUAUAUACAAUUUUUUCUUAAGAUCUUAAAAAACCUCUAAAAUUAUACACAUAAAAUGAAUUUUUUAAUUAAUUUUAAUGAAUUACAAUACUAAAGCAACACUGAAAGAUAAUUAGUAUAAAUUAAAAUAACGAAAUAGAUUUAAAUCUACGUUACAUACAACACUUGUUGUAUUCAAUAAGCAUUAUAAAGAACUAUAAAAGAUUAAAGCUCUCUAUAUCUUUGAAACCAUAUUUUUUAGAUUAUCUAUACUUAUAGGUAUUCUACAUAGAUAAUAUUGUUAUAAUGCACUAUAUCUUUCAUUACUUAAGAACAUCUUGUCUUGUCCAAUAUCAGGAGAAUUAUUUCACUACGCACAUAUUCACUAAAAUUAACUAUUCUGUGUUCAUGAAUUCAAGUGAUAUUUCAAGUACAUUACCAAAAUGUAUUGUGAAUUAACAAGAAGUAAUAUUAUAGUACAGAAAUAACAUUGAUAUUUUAAGUAUGCAUAUUUAAAUUUAUAAAUUUUGUGAAAUUAAAAUAGAUAUAAUGAAAUAUUCAUUUUGAGUUAAUAUUCAAUAUGUCAGCAUUAUAUUUUUAAAAAACGUUGAAGAUUCAUACGAUACAACGAUAUAACACGAAAUGACAAACUAUGAAUGGUUUUUUGUCUUCGUUUCGGAGUGAUUUUAUAUUAAAUUAUAGAAAUUUUAGAAUUAAUACUUUGCAAACAUUAUUGUUUAUGAAAU